AUGCCCCGCAAGAACAAAACCGCAGCCACUGUUGCAGAAAACCGAGAUGCUCAACGCAGGUCUAGAGCCCGGCGACAAGAGCUGAUUGCGGACAUGCAGAGUCGAUUAGAAGAGUACGAUAGGAAAGGCGUAGCGGCCUCUAUAGAGAUGCAACGCGUUGCUCAGGCCGUCAAUGUCCAGAACCAACGACUGAAGAGGUUGCUUGUUAUGUACGGAGUCUCGGAACCUGAAAUUGUGCAGUAUCUAUCUUCCCCAGAGGGAGAUCAUGCGACCCGCGAAGAAGAUGACAGAAUUUUCAUGCUUGAAGAAGAGGAACCAGAAUUGCACCAUCCAACUCACAAGGGGACCAGGAUGGAUCACAAAGCGUCUGACAGUCUUCCAGCCCAAAGGGACGUGCUCUCUGACACUUUCGAACCAUCAAACUCCAUUAUUCAUUCUUUUGACCAUCCGGAACCGCUAGAGACCCCGUGUGACAAAGCGGCAGAAAUCCUUGUUGAGCUUCGCGGCCACGCAGAUUCGUCGUGGGCUCGUGUGGCCCUGGGGUGUUAUGGGGUUGGUAGCUGUUCUGUGAAGAACACCGAAAUCUUUCGGCUCAUGGAUGAUAUCGACUAG